CCCCGACCCGGCAGCCAGCCCCGCCUCCUUCCUGUCCCCUCGGGCAUUGAGGGUGCACAGGGCGGGACAUGGGUGACCGGAAGUGGGAGCUAUGAGCGUCGCUGCCCCGGGCGCCGAGGCUCGUGGCGCCGUCGGGGCCGCCGCGACGCACGCAUGGAGAACGCUGGGCGCCGGGCUUCGCACCGACGGCUAGCCGGGUCGCACGGGCUCUGCGGGGCGGGGACUGUGCAGCACCGACCGACCUCCCCGGGCGCGGGAACAUGAGGCCAGCCCUGAAGCUCACUGCAGGCGAGGCGCGCGGUGCGCAGGCCUGCCCUGUUCGCGGGUGAACUGCUUGGCGCUCCGGGAAUCGCCGGGUCGUUGUCAACAGCAGCAUGGUCUUCUGCCUGGAGAACAAGGAGCCGCGCUGCCCCCGGCGAAGCGCCAUGGUCCACCUCCAGGCCUCGGAAGUCCAACAGCUGCUACACAACAAGUUCGUGGUCAUCUUGGGGGACUCAAUCCAGCGAGCUGUGUACAAGGACCUGGUGCUCCUGCUCCAGAAAGACUCACUGCUCACAGCCGCCCAGCUGAAAGCCAAGGGGGAACUGAGCUUUGAACAGGACCAGCUGGUGGCUGGGGGUCAGCUGGGCGAGCUGCACAACGGGACACAGUACCGAGAGGUCCGCCAGUUCUGUUCGGGUUCUGGCCACCACCUUGUGCGCUUCUACUUCCUCACCCGAGUUUACUCCGAGUACCUGGAGGGCGUCCUGGAGGAGCUGACAUAUGGGCCUGCUCCGGACCUGGUGAUCAUCAACUCCUGCCUCUGGGAUCUGUCCAGGUAUGGCCGCUUCUCAAUGGAGAGUUAUCGAGAGAACCUGGAGCGGGUGUUCAUGCGUAUGGACCAGGUGUUGCCAGACUCCUGCCUGCUGGUGUGGAAUAUGGCAAUGCCCCUGGGAGAGCGUGUCACUGGGGGCUUCCUUCUGCCUGAGCUCCAGCCCCUGGCGGCCUCUCUGCGGAGGGAUGUGGUUGAAGGGAACUUCUACAGUGCUACGCUGGCUGGGGACCACUGCUUCGACGUCCUGGACCUCCACUUUCAUUUCCGGCAUGCAGUACGGCACCGGCACCGGGACGGUGUCCAUUGGGACCAGCAUGCCCACCGACAUCUCUCACACUUGCUUCUGACCCAUGUGGCUGACGCCUGGGGUGUGGAGCUGCCCAAGCGUGACUACACCCCUGACCCAUGGAUUGAGGACUGGCCAGAGCCGGAUCAUCUGUUCCAGGGGAGCCAGGGGCAGCCCCCAGACUUUGGGGAGCAGCUGGCCUUGCCCCCACCUUCUCCCUUGCCCCCUCCCAUGCCUUUUCUCUACCCCCUUCCUCAGCCCUCCCCACCUCCCUUGUUCCCACCCCUGCCCCAGGAUGCCCCUUUUUUCCCAUGCCAGCCCUUCCCACCCCAUGAAUUCUUCAAUUAUAAUACAACGGAAGACUUCUCAGUGCCACCCCAUUUAGGAUGUGGCCCUGGAGUGAACGUUGUGCCCGGUCCACUGCCACCUCCAGUUUCUGGCCCUGUCCCCCAUGGUCAGCACCGGGGCCCGGUGGUCCACCGGGGAAUGCCACGCUGUGUUCCCAGCAGCCCCUACCAUGUGCCAAGGAUGGGGGGACCCUGCAGGCAGCGGCUCAGACACUCAGACAGACUGAUCCACACAUACAAACUGGACAGGCGGCCUCCUGCACAUUCGGGGACAUGGCCUGGGUAGACUGGACCUUGGGCCGGGGCUGGAUGUGCCAAUGGCCCUGCAGGGCCUGCCUGCCACCCAGGUGCUGGGCCAUGGUGUUGCUGUGCCUGGCACUGUUCUUGUCCAUUGCUGUCACCAAUAAAGGCAUGGAAGGACAGAGUGGCAUCUUCCUGUGUCUCCCAAACCGUGACCUUACGAGUUGGGAGGCUGCCUCUGGGCUCUUUCCAGCUUUGGACCUUCCACCUCACAUUGUUUGGAAAUCAUUGAAUGUGACUUUCCUGUUGCCUCACACCCUCAUUCUCACCAGAACACAUAAGCACUAACAAAGAUCUUGGGCAGGUUACCUCUUGUCAGCUGCUCUCUGGGAUUGGAAUAGCAAGGGCUGAGUUGAAAUUGUCAACAUUUUACUUUAUUUAUUUAAUAAAUUUAGGUUGAUGAAUUGAUUUUAGGGAGAGGAAGAGAUAAAUAUUGAUUUAUUGUUCCACUUAUUUAUGCAUUCCUUGGUUGAUUUUUUUUAAAAAGAUUUGUUGAAUUUUUAGAGAAGGAGAGAGAGAAACAUCGUUGUGGGAGCACAACAUUGAAUCAAACCAGCAACUAGCAACCUCUCGGUGCACAGGACAGUGCCCACAUUGGUUGAUUCUUGUAUGCGCCCUGACCAGGGAUCAAACCCCCACCCUUGGUUUUGGUGUAUUGGGGCGAUGCUCUAACCAACUGAGCUAUUUGGCCAGAGCGAAAUUGUCAACAUUUUAUGUGGAAUUUAUGCAUCUGGAUAAUUCUUACCUGUACCAGUCUCAUGUAUUCAUGUGUACAUUCAACAUUCAUCUGUUCCUGGAGAUAGAAAAACACAUACCUUACCUUGCACAGUUCCUGGCAUAUGAUGGACACUCAAGUGAUUGGAACUAAUCAAGAAGCUCCCAAACCCAAGUGGGAGACUGAUUAGAAAUCCGUUAUUUAAUAAAUAUAAU